CGGGGCGCCCGUGAGGGGACGGGGACGGGCCCGGGGCGGGCGGCCGUGAGGGCGGCCCAUGGGGCCGGGACGCACUGCCCAUGGAGCCGCUGCGCAACGGCGGCGGCACGGAGGAGCAGCAGCAGCAGCCGCCGCCGCGGCGGCGCGGGGCGGGGGCGGACGGCGGCCCCCCGCGGCGGCGGAGCGCCGGGGCGGCGGGCGCUGAGGGCGCGGCGGGGCCGGAGCCCCACGAUCGGGGCGGGCCGGCGGGGCGGCAGCGGCGUGACUCGGUCCGCAAGGCCCGGCCGCUCUUCCCUUGGUUUGGCUUGGACAUCGGAGGGACCUUGGUCAAACUUGUUUAUUUUGAACCAAAGGACAUCACCGCCGAAGAGGAGGAGGAGGAAGUAGAAAAUCUCAAAAGCAUCCGCAAAUACCUGACGUCGAACGUAGCCUAUGGAUCUACAGGCAUUCGGGAUGUGCACCUUGAGCUAAAGGACCUUACCCUGUGUGGACGUAAAGGCAAUCUGCACUUUAUACGCUUUCCUACUCAUGACAUGCCUGCUUUUAUUCAAAUGGGAAGCGAAAAACACUUCUCAAGCCUCCAUACUACCUUAUGUGCCACGGGAGGUGGAGCGUACAAAUUUGAGCAGGACUUUCGCACAAUGGGUGACCUCCAGCUUUGUAAGCUAGAUGAACUCGAUUGCCUUAUUAAAGGAGUUUUGUACAUCGAUUCAGUUGGAUUCAAUGGACGUUCAGAGUGUUACUAUUUUGAAAACCCGACGGAUGCCGAAAGAUGCCAGAAGCUCCCGUUCAACUUGGAGAAUCCCUAUCCUCUCCUUUUGGUGAACAUUGGCUCAGGGGUCAGCAUUUUGGCUGUGUACUCAAAAGAAAACUACAAACGGGUAACGGGCACCAGCCUUGGAGGGGGAACCUUUUUUGGCCUCUGCUGCCUGCUCACCGGCUGCUCCACCUUCGAAGAGGCCCUGGAGAUGGCAUCCCACGGAGACAGUACCAAAGUGGACAAACUAGUGCGGGACAUUUACGGAGGAGACUACGAGCGCUUCGGAUUGCCGGGCUGGGCUGUAGCGUCCAGCUUUGGGAACAUGGUGAGCAAGGAGAAGCGGGAAUCUGUCAGCAAAGAGGACCUCGCCAAGGCCACGUUAAUAACCAUCACUAAUAACAUCGGCUCCAUAGCACGGAUGUGUGCGCUUAAUGAGAACAUUAACCGAGUGGUGUUUGUUGGCAAUUUCCUUCGGAUCAAUACAAUUUCAAUGAGGCUUCUGGCAUACGCUUUGGACUACUGGUCGAAGGGACAGUUAAAAGCACUUUUCUUGGAACAUGAGGGUUACUUCGGUGCCGUCGGUGCCCUCCUGGAACUCCUGGGUUCAGCCUGACUCACUGCAGAUCCGGGACGUCACACCUGCGGAGUCAGGGCCCGUCCCGGCUCACGGAGCCCACGCCUCGCGGAGAAGCCUCCGUUCCCUGACUGUUAAACUAACUGCGGGUGGCCUAAUCGGGGGAGGCGAGGGCUGAGGCGCUUCUGCCUGCCAACAGCUGGAACCGCUCUCCGACGGCAGCGCGGGGUUGUUCAAAAGGAGCGUUGAUGCAAAUGGCCGCCGGCGGCUGCGCCUGGAGCGUCCGUAGGGCGUUCGGUCGCUGGCGUCAGACAGCGCAGUUCUACGCCCGUGUGAUGGUGGUGACUUAAGGCGCUGCUCCCUCCGCGGAGAUCCCUCUGGGCGCCGAACGCCUGCCCUGUUCGGAGCUCCUAGAGCUCGGCCGCAGCGUUUCCCGCUCGGCGCGCGCAAGGCGUCACGUUCUCACGCCGCAGCUCGCCUGUGCGGGGGAAGGCCCCGUGGGGCUCCUGCCUCCUCGGGUGCCUGCGGUCGGGCGCCGCUGUGCCCUCGGCGAGGCCGCCUGCCCCUUAAUCACGGUUUCUUGUCUGGGUGCGCUGGAGGUCAAAGGCACAAAUCCUGCGUCGCGGGUGGUUCCGAUGCCAGCUGCGCCGGGGGGCCUGUCACCUCCAUCCCCGAGGUCUGCUAAGAGCAAAUCAAGCUGAAAUAGCGGGGUUUGAUUUGGUGGGGUGUGGUUUUUUUUUUCCUGUGUUGUAAAACUUUGGCUGCAGAUAGCUACACCAAAGAUAUCACCUUUUCCUUCAGUCCUAUGCUCGGGAUCUUCUCUGUAAUGUUCCAUAUAAAAUGGAAUGGCAGUUAAUGGUCAU